UUGAUCGGAACGGACCGGCUGGAAAUGAUCGAUUCGAGUUCGACGACUUCGCGGCGGGUGACUCCUCGUUGAACGCUCGCGGAGAUAUAUCGCAAUCCGGUAGUGUUCGAUGACCAAAGUGCGGGUGAUGUGACAUGUUGGUGACGUACGACGGUAUGAUGUUGAUAUAAGAGACUGACUGAAUCAGUGCAACGAUGAUGUUAGUCAGUGACGCAACCGGGAAAGUCAUGAUCUUGCUGGCGGUGUGGAUGCUGCUUCUCCGGGCUCAUCGGGUAGUGGGCUCCGAUCAUUUGGCCCUGUUGUCAGGCACCCUGAAGACCUAUCAACGUGCGGCUUGCGACGAGGAAACAAUGACGUUAAAAUGUCCGCCUGGUACAACCAUCCUUGUCGAACACGCUCAAUAUGGAAGAACGGGAAUGCACGGCAUCAGCAAAUGCAACUCGUCCGUUCCUCUGAUGAUCACGGCGGACAAACCAACGAAUCACACAUGCAUCUGGCCGCAAUCAGUGCAGCACUCACUGUUGCAGAUGGUGGUUGGAGUUUGUCAAAAAAAGCGGCAGUGCAAGUUCAACACUGAUCCGAAGACUUUCCAAGGUGAUCCCUGUCCUGGAUUACGGAAGUACAUCGAGGUCGCCUACAAAUGCCGUCCCUAUGAGUUCAGGAGUAAGGUGGCUUGCGAGAACGAAGUCGUCAAUCUCGUUUGCCAUCCCGGCCAGAGGGUGGCGAUUUUCAGUGCUGCCUUUGGUAGAACGCAAUACGAGUCGCUGCAGUGUCCGCAGCCACUGGGCGUACAAGAAGAAACUUGCAUGAUGGACUUUACAACGGAAACUGUAAUGCAAUUAUGCCAUGGUAAACGACGAUGCACAGUAAUAGCUAAUAGCACAACAUUUGGCAGACCAGAUCCUUGCAGUCCAGACAGCAAAACGUAUCUUAAAGUUGUGUACACCUGCGUUCCGAGGUCGGUGUUACGGGAGCAAUUUGAGGGCGGUAUCGAGCCGGACGAGGCAGUGAUGCAAGAGUUCGAGGAAGGAUUCGACAGGGCGGACUUCAGGGCUGAAUUCAGCCCCAGUCCAAAUCUCGAAGGACCGCAGCCGCCACCACGCGACAACGUCUCCAGAAAUUUUCCAACCGUUAGCUCAUCUCCACCUCGCGCACGGACCAACAACGACGUGAACGCGCGGUUGAACAUGUUAAAGUCGCUCAGUAUCGGAGCGAAAGAUUUACCCUUACCGCCUUUACCACCCACGGUUAUCCAGGCGAGCUCAAUGGCGAGCGACAACGGGAUUGGUAAUGCCAUAUCCACGAGUGCCAGCGCAUCCGGAAAUUGCACUACCGUCGUCUACGCGUUUCCGGAAGAGGAUCACAUAGUGGUGGGAUAUCUGAAUGAAUGGAUCAAUGCCUACUCCUUCAUAACGAACAACCAAGAAAAGUUCUACCUCUACAUUAUUGUAUCGGUCAGUGCUGGUAUUCUGCUCUUUCUGGGAUUGGUUAUUGGCCGCCUAUUAAUCAGCCGGCAUCGCGCCAAGAGGGAUGCAAAAUUCCAUGCGAAUAAUGAGGCUCUUCCUAAUGGAUUCACUGACGAUAUUUCCGAGAUUGAUGCCGACAUCGAUCUCACCACGCCGGUUGCAGUGCCAAUGCAAGACGCAAGAUUGCCCGAAACGCAAUUAGCCGAGAGACUUCACGGCGAACGUUAUUAUGCCGACACGAGGAUACCUUUAUCGCCGACAAGCAUCCACGCCACGUCGGUAUCUCACGCAACCAAUACGGGGAUGCGCGUUGACCUUGGGAACCACAUGGUUGGCACGGAUAAUCUUCACACGAUUCUCCGCACAGAAAAUCCUCGAAACCUCAACAGCAAAAGCUAUUACUAUGGCUGACAAGAGGAAGGGGUUGUCCCGCGCGAGGGACGACCCCCGUCCUUGAGCCCGGUACCGGAAGUUAGCACCCGAAAAUAUUGCUUUUAAUCGACAAAAUGGUACGGCAGAAAUGGACACGCUGUGCCAAACCGCUGUAAAUUACGUUGAAGAUGUUGAACUAAUUAUUAUUUGUUACGCCGAAUUGUGGUACAUAUUGUGACAAUGCGAUCUCAAAUUUGUCAGUCGUUAGACGCCAAUAAUAAGCGUCUGUCGAUGUUUGUUAAAAUAGACUUGUAUAUCUGUAAACGUGUCGUCCAUUCCGAGAAUUUGAAAAAUUCUCGAUUAGAAGUAUAAUCCUAAUCAUCGAUAAGAUGGUAUGGGAAAGGAGCAAGCAUAAUAUAUGUAUAGUUAGCAUUACCUUGUUGCAAUACUGCAACGAGAACAAUGUGGAUUGAUUUGUAAAUGUGUAUAAGAAGGCUCGAGUGGUUUAUUUGAAUAGGACUGGAAUAUCUUUAUUUAAGGACCACCGCAAGCAUUUAUGUUGGAGCGACUGUACGUUUAAGCGACAGUUACAGAAAGAACAAAGUGCAUCAUGCAAUCAGACGUGACAGUAUUCAUCGAAUGUUAUCAUUCUUUCGAAUACAAAAUGGUAUCGGAAAGUAGACAUAUGCGAAUAUUUAUUUCUUGGAUUAUUAAACUGUAAAAUCGAUGGAUUGAGUUUUAUUGUUUAAUAGGUAGACAUAUCUUAUGGAAACUGUGUUAUCGACCUCGUCGAGUCACGAUUAACUCAUUGUAUACCUUAUACUCACUGUAUACUCAACCCACGGAAGAAACUCACCAAGUGAGUUCAUGAAGCAUAUCGAUAACCUGUCGGUAACAUUCGCUGGUAACUUCUGGAACACUUAUUAACAACUGGUUUGUAGCGAUCUGUGCUAUAUCAGUAGAAGAAAUCAACAGAUCCAACAUUCGUUUCGAAAACGUCGACAAUGUAUGAAAAACAACUUAAAACAUUGAACUGUUUGUGAGUAAUAUUUUAUAUAAUUUUCUUGGUAUUGAAAUUUAAGCAGGCCAAUUUCUGUGAAAUCUGCGAGGCAAUUGUAUUAGAAAAAGUCUCCCGACGUGUUUUAAUCGCCGCUGCUUGUGCGCCAGUUGAAAAUUAUUGACCACCACUGAAGAAGCAGCGACCAAACACGAUCACGCCCACACUCAAGAAAAAUCUCUCAACGAACUUACAGCGGUUUUGUAUAUCGAAGCUGUCAUAGUUACUGCCAUAACCGAGACGAUUUUUAUAGAAAUUGAUAUGUAUGUACAUCACACUGUAAAUAAGGACAUGUAAUGUACAGAUAAGUAAGUGAGAAAGAAAGAAGGGGACGCGCGUAACGAGACUUAAAUCGGAAACGGUCGGAGAUUGUAGCUGGAGGGUUGUCCUUCGUGCCAUAGAAUCGAUUUUGCAAUUGUGCGGGAAAACGGGAGAGCGCGCGUCUGUCGAGCCAGCGAAAACUCUCCCUCGCAGCUGAUCGCAAGGAUUAGUACGUAAUAAACAGAGCUCGGAUUUUUCUUCCUUCUAAAGCGCAUAAAACGAGUGCGCUUUAUCUCACCGGUGAUGCGCAAUCUUGUUUAUCACAUGUGCUUUCUUAGUUCGCUAUUGAUCGCAAAGAUUGUACAAGAGCAAUGAUAGGGUCGUACCACUGUCAGAGCAAUCGGAACAUCACAAGAAAGUUGGUGU